AUGGAUCGCUUAAUAACCGCACAAUGCGUAAAAAUCGUUAACACCUACUACAAAAAAGGUUUCGAGGGUAAAAGUUUGAAGAAAUUUGAAGAUACUGGAUCGGCUACAGACAUGGUAAGGCUUAGCCAAAUACCACUUACAACUACAUCCAUACAAACUCCAGCUUACACAACAGCUCAUCAUUGGCAACGCCGUUCAUACAUCGACUGGGUGCUUGAACAACGCAAUAUCAGCACGGCACUCAACAAUGUGAGCGUCUCUAUACCGUCGGCCGUGAAACGUGGCGAUAAUGCCAUCUUAAUCUGCAAUUACAACCUGGAAUAUGACAAUCUAUAUACAGUUAAAUGGUAUCGCGGACGUCGUGAAUUUUAUCGCUACACGCCGAAGGAGAAUCCAGCGUUGAAGAUAUUUCCGGCUAGUGGCGGUUAUACGGUUGAUAUGACUGAGUCGAAUGCAACACAUGUCUUCAUCAGAAAUCCCACAUCUGGCAAAUACAGUUGCGAAGUCUCAGCCGAUGCUCCAUCGUUUGAUACAUUCUUUGUUUCAGGGGAAAUGGAAGUAGUUGAAUUGCCCACACAACGUCCGGUUAUAACAGGAGUUCAUUCACGUUAUCGUCUUGGUGACAUUAUCAAUGGCAACUGCUCAUCAGAUUUUUCAAAGCCUGCAGCGAAUUUAACUUGGUGGAUCAAUGAUAUGCAGGUGCCACCACACUCAGUGCGUACAUUUGGUAUUCAACGUCAUUUUGUGGAGAAUCUUGAAUCCGCUGUGUUGGAAAUCAACUUUAUUGUCACAUUGCAUCAUUUUAUCAAGGGUCGACUUAAGCUGAAAUGCUCUGCGCAUAUUUACGAUAUUUAUGUGCAAGAGGCAGAGAAGCUUAUUGAAGAAGAUCGUCCGCGUAUCUUGGCCUCAGGCCGUUCACCAGAACUGAAUAUAUACCCCUUUGAUCACUUGCCGAGCGCAGAAGGAUUUGAUGAACAUAAUGAGUUAUAUUUAACGCAUAAUAACAACCAUCCAUCAGCGGCUGCGAGAUCGGAGCUCUCUCGUGAGUCACAAUUACUCACAGCCACAACAGCUUUUGUACUCAUCACCGCAAUCAACGGCUUUUUGAAAUCUACAAUAGAAGCAAUUAUUCAAGCAGCUAAAGGAAGUCACUUGCAGGCAGCAAGUGAAAAAGUAGAAAAUGCCACCGAAAACAAAAUUAUUUUACAACACUGUCAGAUAAAUGCAAAUGGGGGUGAACUUAAUAAAGAAUAUGCAGAGCAAAUUGAAUUGUUAUUCACGAGUGGGGCGCAUAAAACGCGGUGAUAAGUUGUAGCGACGAAAUAAGCUUAUAUAUAAAAUAAUUUGAAUUAAAAAUAUUCAUAAUGA